AUGAGACCUCCCGGCCCGGAUUCAAAGGCUGGCGCAGAACUGGGGGGACGCAAAGACGCAAAGACGCUCAGCCCACAGCUCUCCAGCACCACCCUCCUGCCCCCAGCAGCCUGUGUCUUUGUUACUGGAAUAUUUCUCAGGCCCUACAGAGAGAACCUCCCGGCCCGGAUUCAAGGGCUGGCGCAGAACUGGGGGGACGCAAAGACGCUUGGGGGGCCAAAUCCCAGGGGCUCUCCGCUCGCACCCGGGGCCUCUCCAAGGGCCCCGGGGCGCCCCGUUCUGACUUGGCCGCCCCGAGAGCACGAAGAGGUCGGCUUCAGCAUUCGACGGCGCCGGCGGGGGCCCGGGGGACAGCGAAGGUUUUAUGGCGCCCCUAACCGAGCCCUCCAGCCGCCGCCCUGCCCUCCCGGGCUUGGGGCGGACAGCGCGGGUUCCCGACUCCCUCCCGCGGCCUCCGCACCCAACCCUCCUUCCCCCACGCACUUGGGGAGCUGGGACGUGGGGGUGGGGACCGACUCAGGGCUCCGACGUCACUCCAGCGGGGCCCGCCCCCAGCCCCCAGCCAACCCGAGGUCCCUCCUGCGCCCCGCCCCGCCAUCCCUGCAACCUGAUCCCCGCCACCCCGAGGAGCCGGCCCCGACCGGCUGGCUCCGCUUCCGCGGCCGGCUGGGAGUUGGUGGUAACGCAGGUCCCUCCCCAGCCUGGGGCCUAGCCGAGACCCUCUGCUUCCGCUCAACCUCCCCUCUGGGGAUCUCGGUCGCCUGUGACCUUUUUCCUGUUUCCUCCAGGCUGUGUGAGCCCCAGACCCAGGCCAGUAGCUACGGCAUUCAUCCCUGUGUCUCUGAGCCCAGCACCAAGCAGGGGGCCCAGGCAAGGGGGUCUUUGUUCCCAAAGGGAGGAGGUCCGCUGGGCUCAUUAUGCUUGCAUGGAUGGGUGCAAUGGGGACCAGCGCACAGGGAGCCCCCGUGCUGCCUUGGGUCUCCCUCUAGGACAGGGUCCCUCAGCCUUGAACCACUGACAUUGGGCCCGGAUCCUUCUUUGUGCUGGGUGUCAUCCUGUGCAUUGCAGGAUGCUGAGCAGCAUCCCUGGCCUCCCAUCUACUAGAUACUCGGUAGCAACACCAUCCCCCUAGUUGAGACGACCAAAAAUAUGCCCAGAUAUUGCCCAGUGUCACCUGGGGGCAAACUGUCUUGGGUUGAGAAAACACUGCUCUGGGGUAUUCCAGGGAACGUGAAGCCUGCUGCACACAGGGCACUGGGUCUGAAGCCAGAGGCUUCUGUUAGCCAGGACUCUGUGAUGCUGUUCCCAGAUCCACUUCUCCACGCUGGUUUACAGACGCCUCCAGCCAGCCUAGGCACUGUGACCUUUAGCCUGACAACAUUUGGGCAUCAUGUGACCAACCAGCUUCUCUCACUGUGCAAACAGCUUCUGGGCUCCUGCCCUGAUGUGGGUGCGGAGCGGAGCCCUGGGACAGAGAAACUUUUUCUGUCACUGGCAGUCAAUGUCGUUGUGUUAGAGGUUAAUUGGACGCUUAGGUAGUCAGGGUCAGGGUCCCCAACAAGAAAGCAAAAAAGCCAGGACAGCUAAGCCAAAACCGCACUAGCAUCCUGUUUUACAGCUUAGAUAGGACCACAAUGGCAUCCUGUCUAGCAGCCUCUGCAGAAGUGACUUUUGCAAAACAUCCUGAAACAAAACAAUGAACCAUAAAACAUGGGUCACUAUCACAAGCUGAGGCAGUUAGUCUCCAGAUGUCAGCCCCAAAGACCAGCAACAUGUGAACAAUAACCCGUUAGGUAGACAGGUGCAAGAUCAAAGCCCUGAUUGGCACACCUUAGCGGCCAAUCCACAGGGGCCCACACUCAGGAUGCUCAAGAUAGUUCCUCAUGGGGCGCCUGGGUGGCUCAGUUGGUUAGGCAACUGCCUUCGGCUCAGGUCAUGAUCCUGGAGUCCCGGGAUCGAGUCCCGCAUCAGACUCCCUGCUCAGCGGGGAGUUUGCUUCUCCCUCUGAUCCUCCCCCUCUCAUGCUCUCUGUCUCCCAUUCUCUCUCUCAGAUAAAUAAAUAAAAAAUCUUUAAAAAAAAAAAAAAAAAAAAGAUAGUUCCUCAAAAGAGCUUAUAAAUUUGAACACCAAAAUGGCAACCCUCUCGGGUCCCCUCCCUCUCCGGGAGCUUUGUACUCUUGCCCAAUAAACUUUGCUUUGCUGCCCACCACUCUUCCUCUGGUCUACCUCUUCAUUCUUCGAAGCAGCAUGACCAAGAACCUCGGGCGCUAAGGGAACAAAAAUCCUGUUAAUAGUCGGUACCGGAAAGA